AUGGCCAUCCAGAAGAAGCACGGCAAAGGCCGUCUGGACAAAUGGUACAAACUCGCCAAAGAGAAAGGCUACCGAGCCCGCGCUGCCUUCAAGCUGAUCCAGCUCAACAAGAAGUAUGGUUUUCUGGAGAAGUCACAAGUCUGCCUCGAUCUGUGUGCCGCUCCUGGAUCAUGGUCGCAAGUCGCCGCCGAGACGAUGCCUGCGGGCAGUCUGAUUGUGGGCGUCGACCUGGCCCCGAUCAAGCCGAUACCGCGAACGAUCAUGUUUCAGGGUGAUAUCACGACCGACAAGUGCCGAGCCACGAUACGGCAGCAUGUCAAGCAUUUGAAAGCGGACACUGUUCUGCACGACGGUGCGCCGAACGUCGGUGUGGCGUGGGUGCAGGAUGCUUUCUCGCAGGCUGAGCUGGUGUUGCAGUCGAUGAAGUUGGCGACCGAGUUCUUGAAGGAGGGCGGCACAUUUGUCACAAAGGUCUUUCGGUCCAAGGACUACAAUGCGCUAUUAUGGGUUUUCAAACAGCUUUUCACGUUCGUUGAGGCGACCAAGCCACCUUCGUCGAGAAAUGUGUCAGCAGAAAUCUUCGUGGUGUGCCGAGGCUACAAGGCACCCAAACGACUGGAUCCGAAGUUUCUGGACCCGAAGCACGUUUUCGCAGAAGUCGAGCAGAUCAACCCAAACAACGAGGCCAAAGUUUUCAAUCCGGAGAAGAAGAAGCGAAGGCGUGAAGGUUACGAGGAGGGCGAAUACAUCCAGCACAAAUCUGUACCUGUCAGCGAGUUCAUUCAGACCACCGACCCCAUCAAGAUCCUCGGCGAAACCAACGAGCUCAGCUUCGAGCAGUCGGGCAACGGAGAUCUUGCCCUUGCCGCAGUCAACAGGAUGCCGGAGACUACUGCCGAAAUCCGCCUUUGCUGCAAGGAUCUGAAAGUACUUGGAAAGAAGGAGUUCCGCACGCUACUCAAAUGGCGUUUGAAAAUUCGUGAUCAGUUCGGCAUGUCGGCCAAGGCGAAGAAGCAGCAGAAGGAGGAAGAUGACGCCGCCAAGGAAGGCGAGGAAGUUGCAGAGGUCGAGUCCAUGGACGAAGAGCUCCAGAUACAGGAAGAGAUGCAACAACUGAAAGAUCAGAAGGACAAGUCCAAACGGAAAGAGCGGCGAAGAGAGAACGAGCGAAAACAGAAAGAAGUGGUGCGCAUGCAAAUGCACAUGACCGCGCCGUUCGACAUUGGUCUGGAGCAGGUUGGACCUGGCGGCGAGGGUGCGGUAUUUAACCUCAAGACGGCAGAGCGUGCAGAGGCGCCGGCAAAGAUCGAGACUAGGGAAAUGGAGGAGAGCGAUGAUGAUUCCGACGACGAUUCAAGACCGGAUACUGACAGCGACGCCGAGUCUGACGAAGCAGAGGACGAGCUUGAGCAGCAGCUAGACGACAUGUAUGCCGAUUACCAAACACGACGGGAGGAGCAAGAUGCGAAGCUACGAGCCAAACGGGCUAGAAAGGAGAAGAACACUGACGACUGGGAGGGAUUGUCUGACGAUGGAAAAGGAGAUGCUGAAGCAGAUUCUGACGAUGAAGAAGCAGAGAUGCUACAAUUGCGGAAACCAGCAAAGAGUGAUGGGCUGUCCAGCAAGGCUGCAAUGUUCUUCGAUCAAGAUAUCUUUCAAGGGCUUGGCGUUGACGAACUUGACGACGAUAAUGACAGUGCUAUCGAGCUUGAUGACGACAGUGACGAGAAGAAGCAAACUCACAAGAAGCAGCAGCAGCAACCACAAUCUUCGAAAGCUGUCAAGCAAAAACAGAUCGCUGCGCAGCCGAAGCCGAAACCAACAAAUACCGAAAGUGACAACUGGAGUGACGACGACAACAAACCCACCACAGACACCACCUCAACCCGCCCCGAAGACCCACUCAAACCCAACGGCCAACUCGACAUCGACAUAAUCACCGCCGAAGCCAUGACCAUGGCGCAAUCCCUCGCCACCGGCACCACAAAAUCCUCCGACAUAGUCGACGACUCCUUCAAUCGCUACUCCUUCCGCGACCUCGACGGCCUCCCCGAGUGGUUCCUCGACGACGAAUCCUCCCACUCCAAACUUCAGCGUCCUGUCACCAAAGCCGCCGCUGUUGCCAUCAAAGAAAAGCUUCGCGCGCUGAACGCCCGUCCUAUCAAGAAGGUGCGAGAAGCGCAGGGAAGGAAGAAAUUCAAGGCGGCGCAGAGGCUGGAGAAGUUGAGGAAGAAGAGUGCGUUGUUGGCGGAGGAUGAGGCGUUGAGUGAGAGGGAUAAGGCGAGCAGUAUUGCAAGGAUGAUGAGUCGGGCGGCGAAGAAGAGCAAGCCGAAGCAGAGUGUUAAGUUGGUUGUGGCGAGGGGGAAUAAUAAGGGGAUCAGUGGGCGGCCCAAGGGGACGAAAGGGAAGUACAAGAUUGUGGAUGCGAGGUUGAAGAAGGAUGUUAGGGCUGAGAAGCGGUUACAGAAGAAGUUGAAGAAGUGA